GUCCUAGUGACAGGCAUGCUAACUUCUCCUUUUUACAAAGACUGCUUUUUUUUUUCUCUUUCUAUGGAGACUGACAAGACAGUAAUAAAAUGAUUUUCUGGCAUACAAAAGCUAUAGUUUUGUUCACAAUCUAAAGACUACUACUACUAUUAGAAGAAAAUCCAAUAGAGGGGUUUGUCUCUCUGGGAUUCAUCAAGGCCUGAUUAUUGAGCUUCUGUUUCUUUCUUGAAAUUUAAUGGAAAAGAGAAGAGAUAUAAAGGCUGCAUUCUUGUAUGUGGCUACAUUCUUGGCCCUUUGGACCUCUGCAUCAGGAUUGCUUUCUCCUAAAGGUGUCAACUUUGAAGUGCAAGCUUUAAUGUCCAUAAAAGUUGCUUUGAAGGAUCCUCAUGGGGUUCUUGAUAAUUGGGAUAGCACUUCUGUUGAUCCAUGUAGUUGGGCUAUGGUCACUUGCUCUCCUGAGAGCUUGGUUAUUGGCCUAGGGUCACCAAGCCAGAAUCUGUCUGGUACUUUUUCUCCUAGCAUUGGCAAUUUGACAAAUCUUCAGAUUAUAUUGCUGCAGAAUAACAAUAUCACAGGACCAAUACCAAAAGAAAUUGGAAGGCUGUCAAAGCUUCAGACUCUUGAUCUUUCUGAUAACUUCUUCACUGGUGAUAUUCCUCUUUCUUUGGGACACUUGAAUAACCUCAAGUACAUGAGGCUCAAUAAUAACAGUCUAUCCGGAGAAAUUCCAGUCUCAUUAGCCAACAUGUCACAGCUCACUCUAGUGGACUUAUCCUUCAAUAACUUGAGUGGACCAGUACCUAGGUUCCCUGCUAAGAAAUUCAACAUUGUUGGAAAUCCAUUGAUUUGCGCGACAGGGUCUGAGCCAGACUGCUAUGGAAUGCGACUGCUGCCUAUGUCAAUGACAUUGAACAGUUCAGAAUCUUCGCCUUCUGGGAAGCAAAAAAGUCACAAAAUCGCGCUUGUAUUUGGCUCGACUCUUGGUUGUAUUUCUUUGCUCGUUCUUGGAAUUGGACUCUUUCUAUGGUCAAGGCAUAGACACAAUCAACACGCCUUUUUUGAUGUUAAAGAUCGGCAUCAUGAAGAAGUUUCCCUUGGAAAUUUGAGAAGAUUUCAAUUCAAGGAUCUCCAAAUUGCAACCAACAACUUCAGCAACAAAAACAUUUUAGGAAAAGGUGGUUUUGGUAAUGUUUAUAAAGGCCAUCUCCCAGACGGGACUCCUGUGGCUGUAAAGAGGCUAAACGAUGGUAAUGCAAUUGGUGGUGAGAAACAAUUUCAGACAGAAGUCGAAAUGAUAAGCUUAGCAGUGCAUCGUAACCUUCUCAGGCUCUACGGUUUUUGCAUGACACAGUCGGAGAAGCUUUUGGUAUACCCUUAUAUGUCCAAUGGUAGUGUAGCUUCUCGUCUCAGAGUAAAACCUGUGUUGGACUGGGGAACAAGGAAGCGAAUUGCUAUAGGAGCUGCUCGAGGACUGUUAUAUCUUCACGAACAAUGUGAUCCAAAGAUAAUUCAUAGGGAUGUUAAAGCAGCAAAUAUAUUGCUCGAUGACUUUUGUGAGGCGGUUGUGGGAGACUUUGGGCUGGCAAAGCUUUUGGAUCACCAGGAUUCACAUGUCACAACUGCUGUGCGCGGUACAGUGGGGCAUAUAGCCCCUGAAUACCUGUCAACAGGACAAUCAUCUGAGAAAACAGAUGUGUUUGGAUUUGGGAUCCUUCUACUUGAACUGAUCACAGGAAUGAGAGCUAUAGAAUUUGGUAAAGCAGCUAACCAGAAGGGAGUAAUGCUUGAUUGGGUUAGGAAAAUUCACCAAGAGAAGAAACUUGAUGUCCUUGUUGAUAAAGAUUUGAGAAUCAACUAUGAUCGAAUCGAGCUAGAGGAAAUGGUUCAAGUUGCUCUUCUCUGUACACAAUAUCUUCCAGGGCACAGACCAAAAAUGUCUGAAAUUGUCCGUAUGCUUGAAGGCGAUGGACUUGCAGAGAGGUGGGAAGCAUCCCAAAAAUUUGAUGGUAGUAACAAGUACAAAACGAAAGAGCUUUCUUCAUCCGAGAGAUUUUCGGAUCUCACGGAUGAUUCUUUGUUACUUGUACAAGCCAUGGAGCUGUCUGGUCCUAGGUGAGCCAGCCAUUUACACAUAUUCACAACUACACUGUCAACAGAUUUCUAGCUAGAGGUUAUUUAUUAAACUAUGUGGUAUUGUAUAGUAAUGAACCAUCAAAGAUUCAAAGAAUUUUGAUGUGUUGUGUAAUUUUUUCCUUUUCUUUCUUGUAUAUUAUUUCAUCUUUAAGUUAAAUUAUUUCAAUCGAGAGUUCAAUUUUUUUUUUAAACUAAAAGUUGUAUUUGUAGUUUAGACAAUGAUGUAAUUUGAAAAUCUGAAAUUAAGCAUUAUAGUGUG